AUGCAGAGUGCAGAAGUGAAUAGCAGCUCAAGCAAUAAUUUUUCAUUUACUUUUUUAAGGUUUUCGCCUGAGAAAAUCUUGUUCUUGCAGGUCCUAGUUGGAAUUUUUCUUUAUAUAAAUUGUUUGAUGAUAUUUACAUUUCUAAAAAAGAAUGUAUUUAGAGAAGAAACUCGAUACAUUUUGUUUGCACAAACUCUUUUUGUUGAUACUGCUUUCAUAUUGUUAGCAAACUUGCUGUUCAUUGGAGCUUAUUUUCAGUACCCAGUAAACAUGGGCAUUUGUUCUCUUUGUGUCCAAAUUCAGAUUUUUUUAAUCUGCUGUUCAGCAUUGACUUUGGUGGCAAUGUGUCUGGAACGCUAUGUGGCUAUAUGCAUGCCUUUGAGACAUGCUGAGAUUUCAACAAGUAAGACCAGAUUAUAUGGGUUUUUUAUCAUAUUGAGUAUCAGUUGUAUAAUUCCAGCUUUCAGUUUUAUAGGGUAUUGGGCAGCAGCCCCACCUGAUACUUUGUUUUCCUCUGCUGAAUGUAAUGUAGAGAUAAUGUUAACCAAAGAAUGGCAGGCACAUGGCCGUGCUGUAAUUUAUGUUAUGCUUUUUCUUUUUAUGGUCAUUAUAAUUGUCUUUACCUACAUCAAGAUAAUGAUUGCAGCCAGAGCCGCUUCCUCUGAAAAAAAGAAAUCAACCAAUAAGAGCCUCAGAACUGUGCUGCUUCAUGGUGUUCAGCUGUUUCUGUGCAUGAUGCAGUUUUUUACCCCAUAUAUAGAAAUGGCAUUUUACAAGUUUGAAGACAUGGCACUUAGAAAUAUCAAAUAUUCUAAUUUAAUAGUGUUUUUGUUUCUACCACGUAGUCUUAGUCCAUUGAUUUAUGGUUUAAGGGAUGACAUUUUUUUUCAUGUCUUAAAGCAUUAUGCAUUGUGUGGCACUGACAGCCUUUCCUCAGCAUUAGGAAAAAUCAAUCAAUUAAGAAUAAGAUCAGUUUGA